GUCAGCCAACACGGAGUCGCUUGCUUUAAACGCUUGGAGAAAAGUCAACCAUCCUUUUGGUCCGGACGGCCGCUGAUCAACUCUGUCGCGAGUGGAGCAACAAUGGCUGAUCGGUUCUUCGAUAACGUGAUGCCCGACUUUACGAGGGAGACGGAUACAGAAACGCAAGGAGACUCCCUGACGAAACUUCUAGCGAUGCCAUACUCGUCUCUAUCGCAGCAAUUCAAACGAUCUGCUUUGGAUCUCAAAGAAACAAUAGUGAUGGAAACUUGGGGUUUUAGUGGGCAGAAUGUGAAGGACUUCACUCUUUACUCGGGCACUCUCGGGGCCGCGUUAUUGCUCUUCAAAGUUCAUCAAAUGAGCAAGAACGCAAACGACCUUGCCCUCUGCUUGCAAAUUGUCAAAGCCUGUGAUGCUGCUUCCCGCUCCUCCCGGGACGUGACGUUCAUCUGUGGCCGGGCCGGCGUUUGUGCUCUUGGCGCCGCUGCGGCGAAGGUUGCCGGUGAGGCAGAGUUACUCAGUUACUAUUUGACACAGUUCAGACAGAUUGAACUGCCUAGGGAUCUUCCUGAUGAGUUAUUAUACGGAAGAGCUGGGUAUUUAUGGGCUUGCCUUUUCCUCAACAAACACAUCGGAGAAGAAACUGUGCCUUCAGCUACCAUAAGUGAAGUUGUUGGCGAGGUUAUCAAGGGAGGAAGAACCAUGGCGAAGAAAGGUAGUUCCCCUCUCAUGUAUGAAUGGUACGGUGACAAGUACUGGGGUGCUGCUCAUGGGCUAGCAGGCAUUAUGAACGUUCUGAUGGAUGUCCCGCUGAAGCCGGAUGAGGCCGAGGAUGUGAAGGGAACCCUCAAGUACUUGAUCAAAAAUCGGUUUCCAUGUGGGAACUACGCUGCUAGUGAAGAGGAUCGGAGAAGAGAUGUUCUUGUGCAUUGGUGUCAUGGAGCUCCAGGGAUUGCCCUCACCCUCACCAAGGCAGCUAAGGUGUUUGGAGACGGAGAUUUUCUGAAAGCGGCAGCAGAUGCAGCAGAGGUGGUCUGGAAUCGUGGACUGCUCAAACGUGUGGGGAUCUGCCAUGGAAUCAGCGGGAAUGCAUACGUUUUCCUCUCUCUCUACAGAGCCACGAGCAAUACUGAGUAUCUGUACCGGGCAAAAGCAUUCGCCUGCUUCCUUCUGGAUAGAGCCCACGAGCUACUGUCAGAGGGGGAAAUGCACGGAGGUGAUAGUCCUUAUUCUCUGUUUGAAGGCAUCGGAGGCAUGGCUUAUCUGUUCCUCGACAUGGUUGAACCAUCCCAGGCCAGGUUCCCUGGUUACGAGCUUUAGAAACUUUUAGAGUUUUCAUCUUUCAAUAUUUCACUUGACAGUUUUACUUUGUUAAGAAACAGCAAUAAAAGAAAAGGCCAGAGAAAGAGUUUCCUGGUCUAUCGCCUUUGUUUACAA